AUGGCCGCCCUCACCUCUUCCCUCAUCCUCGCCGCCCUCCUCACCGGCGUCAACGCCCAGGAGUCGGCCGCCAGUGUUGCCAGCACCGUUGCUGCCGCAGGAACAACCGCCGCUGCUGUCACAACGACGGCCGCUGCCGCCGCCGCCACGCUGUCGCUGUCGAUCAACUCGAACCUCCCCCAGACCGCUCCCACUGGUCCCAGCGGCUUUGUCAUCCCCUCGCUGUCGGCCAUUGUCUCUAAUGCGGUCUCUGACUCGACGAUUGGUCUGGACACGACCUACUCGGCCGGUGCUCAGCCCACGGGUGUGUCGCGUGCUCCCGCAAUCCCUACCGCCAUCUCGUCGGCAAACUACCCGGCCCUCGAUGUGACCCCCAGCGUCAACUCGACCGAGGUCCAGGCGUGGAUCAAGGCGAUCGACUGGAGCGCCGUGCCCACCUACUCGCAGACCACGGGCGAGUGUGCGGGAUCCCCGUCUGCCCAGACCGACGGCCGCUGUUGGUGGACUUGCGGCGGCUGCACUCGCGAGACCGACAUCAGCGAGUGCCCCGACAAGCUCACUUGGGGUCUCUCGUACGACGACGGACCUUCGCCCUACACCCCUCUCCUCCUCGACUACCUGAACGAAAAGGACCUUACUGCCACCUUCUUUGUUGUUGGCUCGCGUGUCGUCUCGCGCCCCGAAAUGAUCAUCUCCGAGUACAUGGCCGGCCACCAGAUCUCGAUCCACACCUGGGCUCACCCUGCUCUUACCACUCUUACCAACGAGCAGAUUGUUGCCGAGCUCGGCUGGACCAAGAAGGCCAUCUACGACGUCAUUGGUGUGACCCCCAACACCUUCCGUCCCCCUUACGGUGACAUUGACGACCGUGUCCGUGCCAUUGCCGCUCAGAUGGGUCUGACCCCUAUCAUGUGGACCAGGUCCUCGGGCACCACCUUUGACACCACCGACUGGAACAUUCCCGGUGGCCUCGCUACCGGCGAGUCGGCCCUGUCCAAGUUUGAGACCAUCCUCGAGACGUACGUCCCCAAGCUCGACACUGGCUUCAUCGUCCUCGAGCACGACCUGUACCAGCAGACCGUCGACCUCGCCGUCGGCUACUUCCUGCCCCUCGCCGAGUCGCGCGGCUACAAGAUGGAGUCGAUCAUCGACUGUCUCGGCCUCCCCCAGGCCGAGGCCUACAUUGAGACCUCGUCCAACACCACCACCACCCUCAUCACCUCGGACCCCGCCGGCUCGACCUUCUUCCAGCCCGUCGUCGGCACCCAGACCGGUGAGGCCGUCGUCGCCUCGACCGGCACCCUCGCCGGCUCGGGCGGCUCUGCCGGAGCCUCGGCCACGGCGUCGACCACCGCCGGCACCAAGAGCUCGGGUAUCGCCCGCAGCGUCUCGGUCGCCGCCCUCGUCGGCGCCGUUCUCGGUGCCAUUGCUCUUGCCUAA